AAAGAAAACCCAGAGCAGUGUUUGGACAAAUGUGCUACCUUGAUUUCCAUCCAAAAAGCCACAGAACUCAAGGUCCCAGGAAGGAGUGGGGAAGGGGAUAGAAAUCAUUCCCACAGCAUUUAUCACAUUAUGUCUUCCCGGGGCAGUGAGGGGGUGAGGGCUCCGAGCCCAGGCCCUAAGACAGGACUGCGCUGGCACCGUAUCCUGAAGUCCAACAAGAGCCUGGGACUUUGGGCCUCCAGAAAGACAUGUGACGGGGCCACUGCAGGCACCAGCCUUCACCGGCCGCACAGACCUGCCUGGGUCAGAGGCAGCAGCCGAGGAGGGACCUCCCAGGUGGGUCAGGUCCUCACUCACAGUCUUGUUCCUGCAGCAGCCCACAAGAGCAGCUCCCUGGCCUCCCACCCCAGCCCCUCAGACGCUGUCUCCGAGUUGAAGUCCUGGAGUAAGAGGGAGCAGAGGAGGAACACAUGGACUGUCAAUCACAUCGAGGGAACAAAACUCAGGAUGAACAAGAGGAGAAGACCCAGCUAUCGUCCAGAAGACCAAGAAGCCUUCUACCGACUUCUGGAGGAUCCCGUUAUCCAGAGCUUCUUGGAAGCUGACAUUUUCCUGAAGGUGUCUGACAAGUACCUGCUGUCCAUGGUGGUGGAGUACUUCGGCCGUGUGGGGCUGCCCGGUCACCUCUACAACAGGAUCCACUUCUUCCUGGCCCUCUACAUUGCCUCCGACAUGGAGGAAGACAACCCCAUGUCCAAGCGGAGCAUCUUCCAGUUCCUGCUGGGCAGGGAGCACUGGCCAGACCUCUACAAGGAGUUCCUCAAGUUGAAGGUGGAAUUCUUCCAUGCAAUGGGGCACCGAGCCUGGGUCACCCCCGAGUUGUGCGAGGAGAUCCAGGCUCAGAACCCACAUCACUGGGUCUGGAGUCGGGCGCGCCAAUGCGCCCCCUAG